GAUACUUUGACUUCUUUCAUAUUUUGUAAGGACAAGAGAUUUUCAUGAACUUCCCAGUGACUGCUUAAGAAAACUUUUGCUUGGCAAGAUCUAACCAAAAUGAUGGCUACUCAGUUUGACUGUCAAUAUUGUACAACCUCACUUCUGGGAAAGAAAUAUGUCCUAAAGGAUGAUAAUCCAUACUGUGUCUCCUGUUAUGAUCGUAUCUUCUCCAACUAUUGUGAGAAGUGCAAAGAUCCAAUUGAAUCAGAUUCCAAGGAUCUUUGUUACAAAGGCCGGCACUGGCAUGAAGGAUGCUUCAAGUGCUCCAAAUGCAAUUACUCAUUGGUGGAAAAGCCUUUUGCUGCCAAGGAUGAGCGCCUGCUAUGCACGGAGUGCUAUUCUAACGAGUGCUCCUCUAAGUGCUUCCAUUGCAAGAGGACCAUCAUGCCUGGUUCCCGCAAAAUGGAAUUUAAGGGAAACUACUGGCAUGAAACCUGCUUUGUGUGUGAGCAUUGCCGACAACCAAUAGGAACAAAGCCUUUGAUCUCCAAAGAGAGUGGAAAUUACUGUGUGCCCUGUUUUGAGAAGGAGUUUGCUCAGUAUUGCAACUUUUGUAAGAAGGUGAUAACUUCAGGUGGGAUAACUUUUCGUGACCAACUGUGGCAUAGAGAGUGUUUUCUGUGUAGUGGCUGCAGGAAAGAGCUCUGUGAAGAAGAGUUUAUGUCUAGAGAUGAUUAUCCAUUCUGCUUGGACUGCUACACUCAUCUUUAUGCCAAAAGAUGCGCUGCCUGCACCAAACCCAUUACUGGUCUCAGAGGUGCCAAGUUCAUCUGCUUUCAAGACCGCCAGUGGCAUAGUGAAUGUUUCAACUGUGCAAAGUGUUCCACUUCCUUGGUGGGCGAAGGCUUCCUGACCCAGAACAUGGAAAUCUUCUGCCGCAAAUGUGGCUCUGGGGUGGACACUGACAUCUAGAUGGAGUCAGCUCUCCUUACCUGAAAUCCACUUUGCAUUGUUCUCACUAAAUCAAGAACUCAGUCAAAGUAGUGUUGUUGACUUAUGUUUUAGAAAAUAUUAAUGUAGGGUUUAUAGCAGCAGAGUUUUUGUGCACAUCCUAAUUGAAGCAUAUAAUAAGGAUGCAAAAAAAGCACAGUCUAGCCAAAAUUAAUAGAAAUCAAAUCACAAAGUCACCUCUGCUUGCGAAAUACUGCACUGUGCUGUUAGUAACAUAGGGGCAUAGUAUAUCCUGUACCUAGGAACUAUAGAUGUUAUAACGGAAGAAUGGUGUUUUCCAAAACUGUAGAGUUAAAAAAAACACUAAGAGAUCAGUUGAGAGGUAUAUGUGAAACUAAUAUUUUCAUUCAUAGCUAGCUAGUUAUAUAUAAUGUGACAGAUUGGCUAUGAAUGAUAGAACAACAAAAUUGAUCAGGAAAAAUUGAUUCAUAACCAUCACAGUUAAGAAUAGUAUCAUUUUUAGUCAUUCUUUUAUUGUGCACACAUACUGAAUUGAGAAUUGAGAAAUGAAGCUGCGAUGUGCCCUCAUACACAUUACUUACUUCCACAGCUGGUUUGUUCCCAUGUUUAAUCAAUGGAAUUUGAGAACUGUGGAUGCUGUGGCUCUUAAA